UCAUGGUAGUUAACGUGUGACCAAUACUUUUAUCAUGUCAGCGGCUCUACCGGAGCACCGCGGGCCCACAGAGUAGCGCUUCUGCCGGGGGAGCGUCCUCAUCCCCUGCGGCGGCUCACCGACACUCGGAGAAACGGACAGACGGACGGAAGGAAGGAAGGAGUUGUGUUUUGAUUUGAGGAUAACGCGGACACAGAUUAGCUCCAAGCUGUCAGCUGAGCACCGCCGUGUCCUGUCCAGCUCCUUGCAGCAGCAGCAGCAGCAGCAGCAGGAGAACUGAUCCCGCAUUAACAGGAUUCACUUUCCCCGCAUUGUUACCGAGCCUCCCUGGAUGUUUCUCCGGGGGACACACAUCGAGCACCAGGCUGCUGUCGAUGGGGGAAAUAAGUAGCCUUCCCGAGGAUUUCUCUCGUGUUUUGAGCCAUGGUGGAAGCUUGGUCUGUGACGGCUGAUGGAGGUUUGUGUGCGGGCUCGGAGCUCGGUAUGUCGGUGUGAUAAUAUGUGAGUGCGGUGGACAGCCGAGGCCUGGGCCUGCCUGCCUGAACGCGCUGUUGUUUUGUGGCCUGGGCUGGGAAACUGCUCCUCUGCACCGGAUCAGCAGCGGUAAUCACGGCCUGGAGCUUACAGAGGGAGCUCUCUGGACUUGGUUUCAGUGGAUAGAUGCCGUGUGGAGCCCCGGAGCCGGAGCAGAGAGCGAGGCAAACUUGGACAGUGCUGAGAUGAAUGCGCUCCCCUCAUGUGACAGGUUUUAAGUCUGAUUGAGGGAGGGGGCGCCACCUCCAUCAUGAGGGACAUCUAGGGCCAAAGUGUUUGAUUCACAGAGGGGGCGGGUUGUUUUCUCCUCCGUAUUUUGAUUUCUCAUUGUUAGUAGAUGCUCUGUGAUGAAAUGAUUCCCGUUAUGAGCCCCGGGCUGCUGCAGCCUGAUGGAGAGCAGGCAGGGAAAUUAAUUUAGAGGAAGUGGGUCAGAUCCUGGUUGGCAUUAUGAUAAGGAGGGACUCCCCGCAGACCCAAAGGAGCUGUAGUUGGACCAUUUAAAAGCCAGACCUGAUUUCUACAUGUUCCUGUAGUGGUCGUGUUGCAGCCUGGUAGCCAUUAUCACCACUUAGACGCUUUCUGCAUCAUUUUAUGGCUCUUUGCGGCACAGCAGCUACAAAUGUUACAAAAAUGAUGGCUGCUUAUAACGGUGGCUCCUCAGCAGUGGCUGCCCAUCACCCGCAUCACCACCACCAGCUGCAGCACCUCCCGCCCCCCCAUAUGCACCACCACCACCACGCUGGUCAGCAUCACCUGCAGCACCCGGGCUCCGCCGCCGCCGUGCACACGGUCCAGCAGCACGGCUCCACGGCGGCUGCUGCGGCGGUGAUGCUCAACCCCGGCCAGCAGCAGCCCUACUUCCCUUCGCCGGCUCCCGGGCAAGCCCCAGGGCCGGCGGCGGCCGCGGCUCCCGCACAGGUUCAAGCCGCCGCUGCUGUCAAAGCUCACCACCACCACCACCACCAUCAGCAGCACCAGCAGCAGCAGCAUCAUCUCCAGCAGCAGCUCGACAUCGAGCCCGACAGACCCAUCGGAUAUGGAGCGUUUGGGGUUGUCUGGUCGGUGACGGAUCCCAGAGACGGGAAGCGAGUAGCCCUCAAAAAGAUGCCCAAUGUCUUCCAAAAUCUCGUUUCCUGCAAGAGGGUUUUUCGAGAGCUGAAGAUGCUGUGUUUCUUCAAACAUGAAAAUGUGCUCUCUGCUCUGGACAUCCUGCAGCCUCCACACAUCGACUACUUUGAAGAAAUAUAUGUGGUGACUGAACUGAUGCAAAGUGACCUCCAUAAGAUUAUUGUCUCACCGCAGCCUCUGAGCUCGGACCAUGCCAAAGUUUUCCUCUACCAGAUCCUACGAGGACUGAAAUACCUUCACUCUGCUGGCAUCCUGCAUCGAGACAUCAAACCUGGCAACCUCCUGGUCAACAGCAACUGUGUGCUCAAGAUCUGUGACUUCGGCCUGGCCCGGGUGGAGGAGUCAGACGAGUCACGCCACAUGACUCAGGAAGUGGUGACACAGUACUACCGCGCUCCGGAGAUCCUCAUGGGGAGCCGCCACUACUCCAACUCCAUUGAUAUCUGGUCUGUGGGCUGCAUCUUUGCAGAGCUGCUGGGGCGACGCAUCCUCUUUCAGGCCCAGAGCCCCAUUCAGCAGCUGGAUUUAAUCACUGACCUGUUGGGGACCCCGUCUCUGGAGGCGAUGAGGACGGCGUGUGAAGGAGCUCGAGCUCACAUCCUCAGAGGACCACACAAACAGCCGUCCCUUCCUGUUCUCUACACCCUGUCGAGCCAGGCGACCCAUGAAGCGGUCCACCUCCUCUGCAGGAUGCUGGUGUUUGAUCCGUCAAAGCGGAUUUCAGCGAAGGACGCUCUGGCUCACCCGUACUUGGACGAGGGUCGACUGCGAUACCACACUUGCAUGUGCAAAUGCUGCUACACCACGUCGUCCGGCCGCGUUUACACCAGUGACUUUGAGCCCGUCACCAACCCGAAGUUUGAUGACGGCUUCGAGAAGAACCUGAGCUCUGUGAGACAGGUCAAAGAGAUCAUCCAUCAGUUCAUUCUGGAGCAGCAGAAGGGGAGUCGAGUGCCGCUCUGCAUCAACCCUCAGUCAGCUGCUUUCAAAAGCUUCAUCAGCUCUACGGUGGCUCAGCCCUCUGAGAUGCCUCCGUCUCCGCUGGUGUGGGAAUGAAAACUGCUGUGCGUCAUCAGCGUCUCUCCUGACCCGCUGCUAAACAGGGAACAAGAAUGUGGUGGUGUCGUCUGCGUAGCAUUUCACUGGAGAGCAGAACUCACCUGCAGGUCUGCUCAAAUUCACCUGCAGGUCUGCUCAGCCUCACCUGCAGUGAAUCCACUGGGGGGCGAUCAGAGGUGUUUAUUACACAUGAAUGAGACUAAAACUCUGUAGACCAAAUCAGAAUGUUUUAGACAAACCCAUCUGAUCAUUUCCUGAUAGAUUUUACUGGUAUUGCAUCUUAAUGAAGUAUGUUUUUGCUAUAUAUAUAUAUAUGAAUACAAAUUUAAAAAGAUGUCUAUUUAGAAAUUACCUGAUUUAUGAUUAGGGAUGUUCCAACGCUGGUACCAGGAUCUGAAAUGCUGACAGAGCUUGAAAAACUGGAUCAAGAAUCCAUUAUUAUGAUUGUCUAUGCGGGGAUCAGAUAUUGCAAUUGUUGGCCUGGAAUCAGAUCAGCUUGUCACAUGGAAAUUCACCUAUUAUUUUUCUUCUUCAGUGAGCAGCUCAAUGCUGCCACCAUAGAGGUAUUAUGUUAACCACCUGUAACUACAAAGAGAGAGCAAUAGUCAAAAAUACGUUAAAUUAAACCAUCUAAUGUAAAAAGCUUAGUUUUUUCCCACCUCCCCUUGGCCACAGCAGGUCCAGAGGGCAGGAAACUUAACUGCCACUCAAGUGAGUGUACCCUAAUAUAGGUUAAAUGCUUAUUUUUGGUGAACUUCAUUGAUUUAAAGGAUUUAACAAGGAGUUGAAUUAUGCAACAGUUAUGAAACUAACUGGCUCUGUUAUAAGCAUAAAGCUCCUUUUCCACUUUUAUUUCUAUUUAACACAGGCCUGAGGCAACACAAGUUUAUAACGAGUUCUCCAUUCUCAGGGCUUUUUGUUUUGCAUGCCUAAUACCCCUUAAAAAAAAGAAAAAAACUUUGGUCUAGAUCAUGUAAAUUGAGCCCUUUUAACAGAUAAAAUUGCAUUACAAAUGUCAUAGAAGUUUUAAAGCUGCUGUAAAAUGUGAAAUUAUCUUCUACAAAAUUCACAAAUCAUAAAUCCUUUUGCAUUUUGCACAAUGUUCAAUGAUUCAAUUGAGCUUUAGAUAACCUUAUAAUCUUAAAGAACACGCUUUAAAAACUGAUCUCCUGCAUACAGAUUAUACUGUAUAUUAAUGAUCAUUCGAUCAUAAAAAAGUCUCUCAUUAAUUUUGCACAUAAUUAUUUCCUUUACUAAAAAUGCUGGGAAAGUUCAGGCAUCGCAUAAAGGUUAUCAAAACUUUUGGAGACUUAGAAACUUGUGAAAAUAUUGUCAAAGUUUUUGAACGUGUUAGAAUGUGCAGGAGUUUGCCAGCAAUUUUUAGUAAAUAAAAACAAGAAUUACCCAGUACCCGGUCUCUAGCACUCUGAUUUUUCUUGUGUCAAACAGAUAAAACUACUGUUUGAUUUUUACUAGAAUCAUGCCAGCAUUUCAAAUUCUGGUACCGUGUGUCAGAGUCAGUUUUGGGGGAAAAAAUGUCAGCAUUGGAACAUCUCUAAUCACAAUAAGGCUCUUUGUAUUAUUACCCCCUCCUUCACCUCUGCACGGGUGAAUUAAAUCCAAAUUCUUAUCCAGACAAUCGAUUGUAGUUGUGUUUAGAUGUUGAAGGCAACUGAGAGUUCCCCGUUUAUAUAUAACAUGCACUUGAGCAUAUUGAUAUUUUAAUUUAUAAAAAUAAGGUAUUUUAAGCAUGUUCUGUGUCCACAUGCACAUUUGGCCAUUGUUUUUACUUAUAUAAAAAUUUAUUUGCCAAAGAUCAGGAGCCUCAUGUAUAAAUGAUGCAAAAAAUAUAAUGUCUGUGUUCCCCUUUUAUCCUUUUCAAAUUUUCCAGAAUGUAACUGUCUUUAUAUAUUUUAUAUAAUAGUCGGUUAUGUCCCUGAGUGGACAGAAGAAGGUGUUUCUAUUGGCUGUUUUCAACCAUAGGCUUCAUAUAAGAGAUAAACGUUCAAACUGAUAUCACUAAGAGCCAUCUCCUUACUAAACCAGACUUUUUCAGGUCACAUUGAUAGCAUCUUGCCAAUCACUGGUAGCUCUGCUCUCCUCCCCUGCUUUCUGUUCUCUAUGAGUCAAAAUGUGACCAUAAUUUACUAGAUUUACAUUACAUUUUUGAAUAUAACUUGAAGCUAAAGAUUAAGGCCAUAAACCCAUCAUGGAAAUGUUUAAAGAGGAAAAAAAAUCAAGUGAUAAGUAGGAACAUUUUAACGUGGACUUCUAUACAACCAGGGUCUGAUUCACAUAUGAUUUUGCAGUAUUUGCAGCUGGUAAAAUUGUGCAAAUAAGUCAAAAAGGUAUCGUCUAAUUCACAAAAAACUCACAAAGGCUUCAGUACUGUCCUAACUGUGCUACAGAGCAAACCGUCUCCUGUGCUGUUUGCAUGUAUUUAUGCAGUUGGCUGGAUAAAAAUGGCCCCUUUCUGUUUAAAUUAGCAUCAUUGCACAAAUAAUGUGAUUCACAAACCGCGGUGCUAACAGCCACACUCAGAGUGAAAACAUGAUCAUCUGACGAGAGCAGGUGGUAACUUCAUAGCAGUAUUUAUAAGAUGUCCAAACUUUCCAGUGAUUUUUAUGACUUAAAAUGAAUGAUUUGUAAAAAAGUGAAUAUGACUUUGGCAUUACUAUCAUUAGUAUAACGAGGGGUUAGAUCAGUCCAUGGCUGUCAGUGGCUCCACUCUUCAUCUACAUGUGUGGAAACAGCCUGUCCCUUUUAGCUUCGUUCAAGAAGGAGUGUAGGUUUUAAAACAAACUCAUAUCACAUUUUUAGAGUCCUGUGUCAAAAUAAAGUGUUAAAGUUUACCCUUCCCUCCUAGCUUACCAUCUUUAUGUGGCCAGAACUGAGCUCUGUCAGCAUGAGAGCUGAGCUCUCUGCAAAGUAUAGGUGCAGAUCACUUCUCUACUCAAUCAGACACAAAACAAGAGCAAACUAUAUGGAGCACGACAGCUUUAAUAUGUGUUUUCACCAGAGCUAUCUGCUUUGUGAAUUAGACCUUAAGAUAGGGCAGCUAGCGGAAGGAAAUGUGUGAUUCUUGGAGCUUUAAGCUGCUGCAACCCAGUCUUGGUGAAACAGACCCUUACGCUCUGCUGAGCAAUGCAGGUUCUUUAAUUCAAGUCUACUUUCUAUUUACAGUCUAAGGCUCAGGCACUGGGUAAAUCAGUUAACAUAUUUCAGAAACAGCCAAUGUCAGAGAUUUGUACCUGUUGUUCUGCCCUCUAGUGGUCAAGUAUGCUCAGGUUUUAACCUAAGCUGCAGUAUUAGGCUACAAACAUUAUGCAUCAGUCUGACAAAAUAUAGAUGUUUGGACAGGCUUAUACAUGAGGCUCCAUUAUAUUUGUAUAAAAGAUAAACUUAUCCUAAUAUUUAAACUUUUCUCAAAUAGAAAAAGUCAAAUAUCCCUGCAACAUGCAAAAAACAGAUUUGUUUCCUUUUAAAAUAAAGACAGGGGAGUAAAAGUUUGGAAGCUCACCUUUGUGUUACAUGAAAAAUAAGACAAAAAAAAAAUCUGUGAAUUUGAAUGACCAGACAAAAAAAAUCUGGGCUCCCGAACUAAUAAAGGAAAAAGUAGCUCCUCCAUCACCUCCUGAUGGACAGCCCUGACGCUGUGUGUCAGAAGCCAAACUCAGCCCUGAGGAUGUUUUCUGCUUCUUCUUUGCACUAUUAUUUUAAUUUAACCAACACUCAGGUCAUCACAAGUUUACCUCCAAAUCCCCUUAUUUACACAAAAAUGGUGAAAUACAUUCAGAAAUUAAGCUGUUACAAUUAUAUUUGUUGUCAUACAGUUUUAAAAUUUGGCACCCAGUAUCCUGAAAUAUUGGGGAAAGUAGCAAAACAAGAUUUUGGUGCUAGUUCUUAUGAAAAAGAAAAAGACGAUGAGUUUAACAUUCGCUGAAAAAAUCUCCUGCAAAUGGUUAUUUUAAAGUACUCAUGGUUGAUAUUGCUGCCUCAUGCAUAUUUAUCCAACAUAUAAGAUUAAUUUUACUUUCUGUAUGACCUUUGUCUAAAAAAUUACUCUUUCUGUAGCCUGAAAAUUCCUCACCAUGCCAAGCAGGAAAAAACAGAUAAAACCUCCGAGGGGCUGGACCUGGCUUCCUUUUCUUCUUCUUCUGUUGUAAAAAGAAAAAAAAAAAGUCCUGUCGGCCUGACUGAAUGCUUUUAUUUUGAAGGAAUUUGUGCUGUCUUAGGGUGUGCCUCCUGUUUUCACUGAUAUCUCAAACUCUUGGCCUAAGCUGAGCAGAUUUUUGGCCAAAGAGAAUUCAGAGAAAGGUUUACUGAACUUGACAUGUUUGAGUGACAGUUGAAGAUCACCUGUGCUUCACCUGCUCUCUCCGCACGGCUCUUGAGCAUAACGUUGACCUGCAAAGCCAGGUUGAAGAGCAUUUACAAUCUGGGUCAUAUUUUUGUAGUGUGAGCUAUUCUUGAUGCCUCACAUCCAUUUCUAAUGGCUGUGUGGAUCAAAAACUUUGGAUAGUCUCAGUUUUUUACAUGACCUGCUCAGUAAACAGGAUAAAUAAGUAACACAUUAGAAAUUCAUUCAUCCUGGUUCUAUUCUGGAAAAGCUUUACACAUCCACAUUUCAUUUGCUGAGGGAGAAAACUCAAACUGCGCCCCAAUGUGCUUCUUUGAAGACAAGAACAGUACUCCAGGGGCAUAGAUGGCCUAGUGGUUAGGUCACACCUGGACUUCCCUAUGACUCUGGGUGGCCCGGUUUAAGUCCAGCCUGUGGCUCCUUUUCACCCCCAAUUUCUUAAGCUCACGCUGUUUUUAACUCUAUUCACUGUCCUCUAUAAAUAGAGACAUAAAAAGCCCAAAAAUAUGUCUUUAAAAAAGAACAGUACUACUCUGCCUCUAGUAAAAAUUUACCAGAAUGAUCAAUAAGGUGAUCACUCAAUAUUUUGAUUUUUGCUGGUAGUUCUUCAUGCAAAAACGUAGUUUUCAGAGCUUGAUAAAAGGCCUUUUCCUGCUGUUUGUUUCUUUUUCUUUAAAGGUACAGUGUGUAAAAAUGGGACUAUCAACAUCUAACAGUCAAUUCUGGAGUGUGAUGCUCAUUUCUCUGGUGAUAACUGUGGGAACCAGUGAAGUUUA